AUGGAGAAACCGGAAGAGGAUCUUAAAGCCAUACAACGGAAUAUUGAUGCGGCUUCAGCAAAUGACUCGGACUACUUGAGGCUUCUGGAUCAACGGGGAGUGCUAUACAGAGAGCGGUUUCAACGCACGAAUAACCUGGAUGACCUUCAAGAAGCUAUCGAAGCCAUAGUAAAGAGCAGGGACAUCACUGCUGAGGGGGAUCAGAUGAGGCCAAAACGCUUCAGUUUCCUAGGGAGUCUAUUUAAAGACAAAUUUCUCAUGACUGAUGACAUCGCCGACAUCGAGGCUGCAAUCAGAUACGCAAAGGCAGCUGCCGACGUUACCCAAGACUCUCACAACCGUCGGACGUUCCUGAAUGACGUUGGAAUCUAUUACCAUGAAAGAUUUCGGGUCACUGAUGAGUCGACGGACAUUGAUGAAGCCAUCAAUUUCACCAAGCAAGUCGUGAACACUUAUUCAGAACAUCAACCGAUUCCGGCAAGAGUUUCCAACAGUCUUGGAACCGUUCUAGGGGAUCGAUUCUUGAAACUAGGAAAUGAUGUUGAUAUUGAUGAAGCCAUCGAACACACCAAGAAUGCGGUGAACGUUACAUCUGACAAUGAUCCGGAUAAAGCAAAAUUCUUGGAUGAUUUAGCAGAACUAUAUGGAGCUCGAUAUCUCCAUACUGGUGAGCCGCUUGACCUCGAUUUGGGAAUUGAGAAAUGUCAAAAAGUGAUGGAAUUGACCUCAACCCACGACUCAAACUAUGCGAUCCGUUUGAACAACCUUGCGGGUCUACUCCGAGACCGAUACCAGAGAAAGCGAGGAGAGAGGGAUCUAGAACAAGCGCUAAGUUUCGCACAACAGGCGGUUGAUUUAACACCUCGGAAUCAGCCAGAACGUGCGAUAUAUUUGAGCAAUUUAGCCAAUAUACUGGCCGAGCGGGAUCUGAGAGACUCAUCACAAACAAAGGACAUAGAAUGCGCUAUUAUGCACGCACUCGAGGCUUUGGAUAUGACGCCUGAUAAUCAUCCAUACCGUUCGAGGCGCUUGAACACCCUUGGCGUUCUCCUCAGGCAAAAGUCUCUGAGAACUUCAACGGAGGCAGACAAACCACUUAUCCUUGAGGAAGCUAUUCGGGUCACCUUUGCCGCGGUCAAAGCUACCGAGGAGGAUGAUUGGGAUUAUGCAGGACGCGUGAACAAUUUGGGCCUUCUUUUUGGGGAUGCCUACCGAUGCACCAGACAGUUAGCCGACCGGGAUAAAGUCGAUAAAGCUAUUCAAUAUUGCCAAGAGGCUAUCUGCAAGAUGCCCGACGAUACUCUGGAUCUUUCGACAUAUCUAAGUAAUCUGGGGAGCUUAUUUGAUGACAAAUACGAGUUGAAUGGUCGAAAAAAAGAAGAAGACUUGCAGAAGGCGAUAUCGUCGUAUGAAUCUUGCCUUGGUACAUCAAGCGGACUUCCACUAACUCGGAUACUUGCUGGACAAUCAGCUGUAUAUCAUCGGAUCACGGAGAAGAAUUGGCUCAAGGCAGCUCAAUUACUGGACCAGGUAUUAAACAUUCUCCCCGAGGUCACACCGCCAUCAAGUGCUCGAGACGAUCUGCAACACAUUCUUCGACAGCUCUUCGGGCUCGCAUCCCUCACAGGCUCCGUCUUUCUGAAAGCUGGAAGGACCCCGGUCCAAGCAUUUCAAGCGCUCGAGCGGAGCAGAGGAAUAAUUUCGAGCCUAAUGAUGGACUUUAGAACCGAUUUGCCCUCGCUAAGGGAGGAAGAUAAUGACAAGCGGUCCCAAUAUCUCAAAAUAAGGCAGGAAAUCGCAGCUGCGAAUGCAUUUCGAAUCUCUGCUUUGCGGGAUAUUUCAGCGAAAGGCUACACAUCACACGAUCUUCAGCGUGAGCGGCUGUUCAAGAGCCUGUCUGAUAUACAAAACGAUAUACGCGCCUGUCCGGCAUAUGAAAAUUUCCUGUUACCUCUCUCUGAGAAGGAGAUGAUGGAUUUGUCACGAGACGGGCCUCUUGUCUCCUUUAAUGUCAGUGAUGUCAGCAGUGAGGCGUUCUUGAUAACUACAGAUGAAAUUCGGGUCUUGUGUCUCCCUGACCUGAAGAAAGAAAACCUUCGACGAUGUAUUGAUACUUGUGCUUCAAGAGGAAACUUGGCGCGACGGGAUGGAUCUCUUUUUCUUGGAGGCCAAAAGCAAACGUCCUUUAUUCCAAAUGUGUCAACUGAACUGUCAGCCUUGUGGAAAGUCGCAGUGAAGCCAGUCCUCUCAAAAUUGGGGCUUGUGAGUCCAGUAAGCCCCGGCGAAAAGUUACCACGCGUCUGGUGGGUUGGAGGUGGGAUAAUGGCACAGGUACCGAUUCAUGCAGCUGGUGAUCAUUCGAAAGGAUCCACGGAGAACACACUGAGUCACGUCGUCUCGUCAUAUGCCACGACUGUGAAAAUGCUUCAAUUCACCAGAAACAAGCCUCGAAGAUUGGGUAGAGAAGUACAGCCAAAAAUCCUUGUUGUUUCAAUGCCUAGCACACCAAGCCACAACGUUUCCCUCAACGUGGCGGAGGAGGUCGCGGCUAUUAAGAAACAGGUCGGCUCAUGGGCGUCAACGAAGGUUUUGGAGCGGCUUACUAAAGAAGAAGUCCUCUUCGAGUUCGAGACUUGCACAAUAGCCCACUUUGCUUGUCAUGGCGUUGCAGACACGGUAGAGCCCGCGAAAAGUGCUCUCCUUCUUGGGAGAGAGAAGCAAGAGCGCCUCACUCUAGGCGAUUUGGACACAGUCAGUCGUGAUGACACCGAAAUUGCGGAUCUCUCGGCCUGUUCGACCGCUGAGCUGAAAGUCGAAGAUCUCGUUGACGAGAGUAUCCAUCUCGCCAGCGCUUUUCAGCUCAGCGGAUUCCGACACGUUAUAGGGACACUGUGGGGUGCAGAUGAUGCCGCCGCUGUUGCCAUUGCAGGCAAGUUCUACGAAGAAUUGCUCAAGGACAGCAAGUCAGAAGAAUUGUGCGUGUCACAUGCGCUUCACCAUGCCAUGAUGAAUUUCCGGAAUAGGCAAGACAAUCGCGCAGCUGUUUGGAAGUGGGCGCCAUUUAUCCACCUGGGAUGUUAA